AUGGCAGUUCCUCCGCUGGGAUUGGCAGAAGUCGACCCAUGGGAGGGCAAGAUACUGCCGAAAACGAAAGCGGCAGAUCCCCCGACAGGCCAUGAGUGGGACGACUUCUUCAAUGCACCGAGACUCCGAGAGGAGCCGAUGACCAGAGGUGGUUCUGGACAGGAGACGGUGCCGGAAAGACGGCAGGGUCCUCGCACACGGGACGAGCGGCGGUCACACGACAGGCUCCUCUUCUCUAACGGCUCCGGGCGGCGUGAGCGGCACGGAGACUCAAGAGGCCCAGAUGACGACCGUAUUUCACAUUUUCUUGCAGCUUGGCUUCGGUACCAUAUGGUAGAAGUAGAAGCCAACGAAGGCUGGAUCAGCAUGAGCCAAGUGCUUUCCGAGCCGGAGCUCCAAGGAGCCACGGAGGAGGACGUGAAGCGCGUGGUGCUCUACAGCAGGAGCAGGCUCGGCCGGCGCUUCGAGCUGCGGGAGGUGGAGACUCCGGCAGGCAAGACGGAGUUUGAUGUGCGAGCAACUUACAAACACGUGGACAGUGAGCCACGAACCUAUCGCAUGGGGCGUCGAGGCCGUCGCGCUAACUACGCGGACUUUGACAGCAGGCCUCGGGAUGAUGGCUACCCGCGCUGCUCUGGGUUUUCGAGCUCACCUACGGAAGCGAACGAUCAGGCCGAUGCAGAGGGAAGCCUCAUCGAGGUAAAGAGCUUCGACGAAGCCGAGGCGGAACCUCAAACCACUGCGCGCCACUUCAACCUGUCCCCUAGGGCUUCCGAGAAGGGGCAGGAGCGAUACGACAUCGAGGAGGAGUUCGCGGCCUUUCCCGCAGGCAAUGGCAAUACAGAACAACAGGCUCAUGUGGAUUUGGACGAUGUUCCUUUGAAGGAGGCCUCGAAGAACGGGGCCACGCCCAUGGCCUCUGAUGCGUCAGCCUCCACAGCAUCCACUGCUUCAACGCAGGAGGAGGUUUGGCAGCGCUGGCUGGAACCAGACAGUUUUCGUGUCUGGUUCUGGAAUCCUUCCACCGAGGAGGUCCUGUGGGCAGAUGACCUGGAAGACGGCUGGGAAAUGUUCUUCACUGAAGAAGGCCAGCGUUGGUUCUGGCAGGAGUCAUCGGGUCGGUACUUUUUCGAGGAGGUGGAAGAAAGCUGA